UGCGCCCACAUGUGGACAGGUCACAGGGGUAACGGUGCUGCUGGACGCCGGGUAGCUUGUCAAAUGAAAUCCUCGCAGUUGUGGACCAAUUUCUUCCCCACUGGUGAUCUUUUAGCACAGAGGACGAGACUCGACGGACAGAAACACCCGCAAACAUGUCGUACUGCAAGCAAGAAGGUAAAGAUCGCAUCAUCUUUGUGACCAAGGAAGACCACGAGACGCCCAGCAAUGCUGAGCUGAUUGCAGAUGACCCCAACGACCCAUAUGAGGAACAAGGCUUGAUCUUGCCUAAUGGAGACAUCAACUGGAACUGCCCGUGCUUGGGCGGCAUGGCCAGCGGACCUUGUGGCUCUCAGUUCAAAGACGCCUUUUCCUGCUUUCACUACAGUAAGGAAGAGGUGAAGGGCUCAGAGUGCAUCGACUACUUCCGUAACAUGCAGGAGUGCAUGCAGAAGUACCCUGAGCUCUAUCCUCAGGAGGAGGAUAAAGAAAGCUCCAGCCAAGCAGAGUCUGACCCUGGUUCUGCCUCUGUUGCCUCAACUGAGGGCUCUGCCUUAUCCCCUGAAACUGACGCUGCCCCGUCCACUUCAAAUCUCUCAUCUGACAGUGUGUCACCAACAGACAGUCAGGCUGCCAGCUAAGGUCAAUCACUCAUCAUCCAUAGGCUCUUGUUCUCUGUGUGCAAGCACUGCCCAGUAUAAAUGACUCGCCAUGAGGAGCUCUGAUUGGUCGCUUCUCCUGUUUAAGCCUACAGAAAGGACUUAGACUGACACAGCUCUGACACUCACGGGCAAUAAUUACAAAGGCCAGCAGAGGAGGACUUUGUGACUUUGUUAAUGCAGAAAAACGUAGCGUAUGUACAAAAGUAUAGGCUGCUUUAUUUGCUGAGCACUCAAAAAUCAUUGGAUGAUAUGAUUUAAUGACAGGGACAUUAGCUCAAAAACUCACUUUAUAUGCAAUAGGUUAAUUAAUUUGCUGCGUGUUCUCAUGUCAAUCAGAAGAGUUCAUUAUGUUUGUUGUCCUGUUAAUGACGAUUGAUCAGGAUUAUUACUUAGCACUGAUUUAUCACUAAUCGUUCAGUAUGACAGAAAUCUGAGCAGUUUACAGUUUAACAGUUGAAUCCAUUUGCUUUCCAUCACUUGAGAGACCAAAACACAUGUAAUCUGUAAGAAAACAAGGCUUCUGUUACAGCUUCUUUGCAGUGGACAUCGCAUUGAUAUUAACACAGAUGUUUUAAACUGUUUGUAGACAUCUUGUAGAAACUUCAGGGUCUCCAUCUACGUCUGUUGUCUAAUGAAUGAUGGUUGACACUGUAUCUGGCUGAGACCAAAGUGGUUUGUCACGUUUAACUGUUGCUGCAUAAAUGUUUUUGUUGUCUCAACACUGUCUAGAGUCUCCAGUUUGGAUGCUGUGGUCACCAUUCAGUGUCAUUCAUGUCAUUCAGGCCUUAAAGGACUUGAUGGUAUUUAUCAAAAAUUAAAAUGAUCGUCGAACAAUCUCAA